AUGAGCGGGAGCACCUGCUUGCGCUGCGCGCCCAGAACAGNUAGCCGCAUCACCGUCAACGAGGCGGAGGUGAAGGACAGCGAGAAGGUGGAGGAGAAGAUCCGCAGGGCGGGCAUUCGCGGCACGGUGGAGCGCACCAAGGCCCGUCUGGCCAUGGACGAACGGCUGGCGGCGAUGACCCGUCGCGACCGUGAUCGUCUGAUCGCCAAGCUGGAGCGCGAGGAACCGGUGAAGGUGGUGACGAAGAAGACCAGCGUCAGUGAGGUGCUCGCCAAGGCCAAGGAGAGUGCCGCCGCCGCCGCUGCAGCAGCCAAAAAACAACAAGCAGAGGAGGCGGUUGCGGCGGCAAAACGCCGCUCCAAGGCGCCGCCGCCCGCCCUCAGCUACGACCAACUGCUGAGCAUGGCCAAUGCGAACAGCAGCAAAAAGCCGAUGAGUCUCGAGGAGCACAUCAAGGCGGAGAUGGAGCAGAAGAAGCGAGAACGCCCCAUGACGGCCAAGGAGAAGGAGCAGGCAAGGGAGGAGCAGUACUUCAAGAACCGCUCCAAGGGCGCACGUCUGCCCACCGAGGAGGAGCAACGGUCCAGAGCGGACGCGGCAAAUCGACGACAGCAUUCUUCUCCUUCUCCGUCGCCCUCACCUCCACCCGAAGAAGCAGCAGAAGAGGACAUCUACGUGCCCUACGAGCCGGAAAAGGUCUCCCGACGACAGGUGCCGACGACUGAGCCGAGCCGAUACCAGCCGGCGAAUCACCACCGGCCAGCACCAGCUUAUCAACAGGCUCGAAAACCGCCUCCGCCUCCAGCUUCAUCGCGGGCACCACCCGAAAGAUACUCUCCGACCAAUGCUCGCCUGCCUGCUCGGCCCUCCGGUUCUGCGGUAAAUGGUGGCCCGAGAGCAGCUGCUGCACCGUACCGACCAUCAGGAGGUGCUGCUUCAGCUUCCAGACCAUCACCACCAAAGCCAUCAUCAGCUUUAUACAGUGCUAAUGGCUCCAGUGCUCGUCAGCCCAUGAAUGGGCCCAUGAAUGGACGUCAGAGGCCACCGCCACCACCACAGUCAGCUAGACCAGCUUACUCCUCUUCUCAACGAGCACCACCAACACCACCAUCUUCAGCCAAGUUGGAUCGCGGAAGAAUGCAACAACAACAGGCACAACAACGGUCACGAGCACCUCCUCCUCCUCCACCACCACCACCUCCAGCUCGUGGCCGUCCUGCACCGUCAACAUCAUCAUCAACGGCAGCAGCAGCUCGUUACCAGCCAGCUCCGUACCGGGGCUCUGCCGCCCAUCAGCCGCAGUCCUCCCUUCCCUAUCGUCCGGCAGCUCGACCUCCACCACCUCGAUACUCACCACCAUUCGCUCGGCCUCGAACUAAUCUGCCGCCCAUCGGCGCCACCUACCGCCGCGGCAUGUACAACGACUACGAGCCGGAGCGGUACGGCGAGGAGGACGACGAGGACGAGUACUACGACGACGAGGAGGAGGACGAGAUGGCCGACUUCAUCGACGACGGCCCCGAGGAGGCCCCGGAGGCGUACGAGCCCGAGUACUCGAGCGUCAUUCGGGACAUCUUCGGGUACGACAAGCGCAAGUACCGCUACAUCGCAGACGACGACGAGGACGACAUUGAGGAGGCGAGCUUUGCGCAGUGCAUGAAGGAGGAGAGCCACAGUGCUCGCGUCGGCCUCAUGGAGGACCUGGAGGACAUGCG